AACAACUGCUACACCUAGAAAUAUCCCUCUGUUUGAUUCCACAAGCUUCCCCUCCGUCCCUGUCCUUCAAUUCGACGAAAUCACCGUUCUUCCAUAGCCAUUCAUCCACAGGGUUAUCAAUGGAAUACUUUCUCUGAGGCACAACUAAUUCUAAUUUGUAUAGAGUUCUCUUGGAAUUAAAUUUGUGGAUCGGAGUGUGUGCUAUUGGAAGAAAUGGAAACACAAUUCGGACCGGUAUUGGAUAGCAGCAGGCAUAUCACUGUCAAUUUAAAAAGAAAACACGAUUUUCAAUCUGAGAAGUUCAACCAUGUGACUAAGCACAUAUCCCUUCCGACUGUCUGGCCCCCUUGUAAUGGCAUACACAAGGUCGUGAAGCAAAGAAAGCUCAAUGAUGUCAAAAGCAAGUUUGGAUAUGGUGGGGUUCACCACAAAACAUCACUGCUUCAACACUAUCUGAACUUUCGGAAAAGUGGACCUCUAAAACGCUUGAUGUAUUAUCAAGAUGGUGAGUGGAUUGACUUUCCUCAAAGUAUUCUUCCAGUGGUUAAAGAAGAUCUGCAGAUAGAGAAAUCAGUAAUUGAAGUAGACUUGGAUGGUAAAAUUUGUGUGCUUGACUUUGUCUCUAUGAUGCUUGUGGACUUGAGGACGGGUAAUCAGCAGUCUAUUGCAUGGAUUGAUGAAGCUGGGAACUGCUUUUUCCCUGAAAUUUUUGCAGAUGGUGUUGGAGGGGACGAGUGCAACUGUCUGGAACAUGAGAACAAUCAAGUUGGUAUAGAUUUGAAUGCCCAAGAAUCCAAUGUUAUCAAAUUGCAAAUUGAGAUUGAACUUAACAGAUCAAAUAUUUAUGAGCAAGAAGAAUCAAGUGGGGACUCCAAUGCUCUUGUUAAAGUGGUUAAAGUUGAUUUGAAACCUGAAACAGAAGAUUCGACGAUGGAAAACGGUGAUGAUCAGAAUGGCGUUUCUGCUUCAAAAGGCAAUGGAAGCUCCGCUGAAAAUUUGCCCGGAGAAGAAAAGGCAUUGAUGCUUGAUCCAGCAUGGGGUGAUCUGGAAUCUGAUUCAGUGAGGAAAAUCUUCCUCAUGGGCAUUAAGCAAUCUGCUCAUGCAAGUAUAAUUGAUGUAUCUCGUGGAUCAAGCACUUUCAUGGAAGCUAGAUUAGAACUUUUUCAGAAGCAAGCCGAAAUUGUAAAAAAGUUGCGUGGACAUCCCAAUGUCCAAUUUGCAUGGCUUCCUUCCACUAAAAGUGCACAUUCCAGCAUAAUGAAUUAUGGCAUUGUUAGUGGUGAUUCAACCAAUAAGAAUUCUCGGUAUGGAUUCGGAGUUCAUCUAAACCCUAUUAAUCAUACUGAGAUCAGUGCAAAUUUAUGUGAUAUUGACGAAAAUGGGGUGCGACACAUGAUUUUGUGCCGAGUCAUUAUGGGGAACGUGGAGCCAGUUUCUCUUGGAUCAAAGCAAUUCCAUCCCAGUAAUGAGGCUUUUGAUAAUGGUGUAGAUGAUCUUCAAGGCCCAAAACAUUUCACAGUAUGGAGUAUGAAUAUGAACACCCAUAUUUAUCCAGAAUAUGUUGUUAGUUUCAAGUUUGAAGCUGAAGGAACUGUGGUUCAAAGUGACAAGAUACACAAUUUUUCAGGGGUUAGUACUUGUUACGAGGGGUCUCCAUAUCAGGUAACAACGCCCGAUACAAAUUUACUCCAAAAUCAACAAGGAAAUGUUCCAAGGAUCCCCAAGUCCCCUUGGAUGUCGUUCCCUGCAUUGUUUGCUGCCAUCUCUAAGAAAGUUGCUCCUGAGAAAAUGAAAAUCAUAAAUAGCAACUACGAGCUUUUCAAGAGUAAAAAGAUUAGUCGGGAUGAACUGGUCAGAAAGAUGAGGUUGUCCGUCGGCGAUGCCAUAUUAAGGUCCACGAUUAUGAGUCUUCAGUUCAAGAUGGUCCCAACACCUGUUGAAAUGGUCACAAACCAAAACUUAGAGCCCUGAAGUUUUGGCCUCUAAACAAAGAGCUAUAUGAUCAAGUAUGGGAUGGUUUUUCUUAUUUGUACAAAUAGUAUAAUCCUUGAAAGUUGUCUUUUAGACCCCCCUAUCGGUUGUUGAUGAAACUUGAUUGGUACUUUUGCUUUAUGUUCCCUUUUGAUAACUCGUCUUCACGUAAUGGUUUCUUAAGUUGAACUGUUUUCUACUGUUAAAUAAAGAGAUACUAAUUUCAAUAUGCUCCUAAACCAAUUAGUGCUGACAACUAUACAAAUAGCAUCAUUUAAAUACAAAACAUAUCAAAGUGAAGAUUUGCAAAUCUUCCGAAACCAUUGCCAACAAUAAAUGAGAGCUGGCAGCAACCAAAUCAAAUCCGGUACAAUAAAUGUGAUACAAAGCUCAAUAUAAAUAGACUAAAAUUUACAUUUUCAACAUCCAAAAUCCAACCCUAGGCAAUCUUCUUCCAACUUCAAGGAUUAAUACAAAUUGGAUGGUAGUUCACCAAUAAACACUACACAAUUCUAUUUCAGUUUUGAGAAAAUGCUGAAUAGAAGAUAAAAACAUCUUUUUUACUAGAAUGUGCAUUUUGCAUUAAUGACAUUAAUAAUCAACAAGGUUCUAUGAAAAAGCAGUGUUAAAUAAUAAUUACUCCGUAUAAGUUUAAAAUUCAAAUCUUGGGACAAAAAAGAAGAAAUAAUAUACUAAGUAUUUU